CCAAGAAUUCGAAGCCGAAGUUUUGUGGUCAAGAGGUCUAGUAAUGCGAUCUGGCGGUGGUAUUUCGAAAGAGCUAGUUAGGGGGGAGUGACCAUUCAUGUGUGUGUACGUUCGUCCGUGUGUAUGAAAAAAUAGAGGUUACAGGAUGUGUUGUAGUGAAAGAAUGUGACACACAACUAGGAGGAAAAUUCCUCCUAUGUAUGUCGUUACAAGUUGGUUUAUUAUUUCAAAUAAUUAUUUUAUCUCUGAAGAUGUGCGUGCCAAUACAAAUAUUUUGUCACAAACAUUAUGAACCUUACGUGACAUAGUUGUAAGUAAACCACAACAUUUUAAUCUUCAUUUGAGAAGAAACUGAAAUCAUGCUCACAUUACUUAGUCAAGCGCGUUUCUGGACUCUUAGGGACGAUAUUGUAAUUAAGGAUACUGAUUUUGGAGCCUUCAAGUUUUACGAAAAGAAAGACUCGACAGACUCUAUAUACCGUGAGAGCAAGAAACAAUAUGCCGAAAAGAGAGGAAUGACAUGGAAUGUCAGUAAUAGGCGACCUAAUAAACUCAGGGAUUCAGUAAAGGAAUUAGAUGAACAAUUAAUUAACCAUCGAGUGGUGUUUUGUCAGUGGCGUGAUGACUGUCUUUUACAAGUUAUGUUCAGUUCAGGCCUCCUAGCCAAUAUUUGUGUUGAUAUAUCUACUGGCGAUAUUCUUAAAGUUUCUUUUGAUAAAUAUUUAAUUGGAAAAUUAUUAUCAGAAUAUGUUGUUGAUGUGGUGUUCACAAAGACUCACAUCGUUUGUUCAUAUAAUGAUAAUCAAAUCACAUUGGUGUAUUUGAGUAAACCAUGUGUGCGACCAACGGGACCUGAGAAACUCAGUAGAUUGGAUCCACGAUUGCAUACUGUGGAAUUAGCGGGCCCAAGUGGCCGAAGAUUGGAACGGCGACUUUCUGCCAACACAAGUGGUGACACUGUGCUUGUGUGGUGGCGCUGUGGCAGAGAUGAAGUCUAUCCGUGGAGUCCUGUUGUUAGAGACCAGGACAGAGCAAAUGUGCAUGUGUAUAGCAUUAGUGGGACCCGAGCACAACUCCUCUGCUGGUAUCGUACCGACCACGACCCUAUUUGGGGAGAGGUGACAGUGGAAAGCGGACGCUACGAGGUGCGUAGGGCACGCUUGCAGCGCUCCGCUGUGGCCUCAGUGCCCUUGCAGACCCAAGUGUGCUGCCUGAGCUUUUCUCCUGCAGAGGACAAACUGUUACUAGGUUGUAUUGAUGGUUCCCUUGUGUUAUUUGAUGAAGCACGAGGAGUCACCCAUGUGGCAAAGGCUGCAUUUAUCUCCUCAUUGGUAUCCUGGCAUCCUGGAGGAGCUUUGGUCCUUGUAGCCAAUGACAGAUGUCAGAUCCAGUGUUUUGAUGCUGCCCUAGCUGCUGUUCGUCACCAGCUUGCUGGUGGCGGAGAAGAUCCUCCGCCUGGUGCCUUGCUUGACUUAGCUACGUAUUGUGGUCGUCGUCCUCCUACCCUGAGAUCUUUAACGUGGGCAAAACCCAGUCGGCGCAUACAUGCACCAGCAUCUGGCGUCUUUAGCCCAGCAGAUGGUUUGCUGCUUCUUUUGUUAGACAGGGGCCCCUUGGCAGCUCUUCGUCUGGUAGGAGGGGCUGCUGCAGGGGGUCUGGGAGUGGAGGCCCUGGUGUCCCAGUACCUCUCCUUAGAGUUGCCUGACCGAGCUCUUGCCCUGCUGCUCACCUUAAGUUGGGACUCAGCUGGGGAAUCGUGCCUCUGCAUUCUCCAGCGGAUCAUUGAACAUUUGUUGCGGGUGCCUCUUACACCUGCUACUGCAGGGCUACUGCAGUCAGCUCUGGGGUGUUUUCACAUGCCAUCACGUCCUAUGAGUCCUGCCACAGAGGUUCAGUAUUCUGAUCAAGUUCGGGAUCUCACUCGAAGGUUUUUCCACCAUUUGCUGAGAUAUCAACAAUUUGAGAAGGCAUUUCGACUAGCCAUUGACCUACAAGACAGAGACCUGUUUGUGGACUUGUAUUUCUACGCCCAGGCUGUACAUGCAGAUGCAAUGGCUAUUGCCGCACGUGAGAAAGCCCAAGAGCUUCUUAAUCCAGACGGACAGGAAAGCAGUAGUGGCAGUGAAGACUCAUGCUCCUGUUCAGAGAGCGGCAGUGCAGGCAGUGGAGAAGGCCAGCAACCCUCCCAAGAGCCUCCUCCACUUCCGAUUGCCAAACCCAGCAGCCAGCUCUCCACAGCUGAAGGCCGCCCUUCUGGAGAGAAACAGAAGGUCAAAUUCUCAGACACUGUCACCCACAUUGCUCUACCUGACUCGUGCUCUAGUGAUGCAGGUGGUAGUCCCCCUCUCAUGCUUUCAAGUGCUCCUUUGCGGUACGUCCCAGCAUUACCCAGUGCUGCUAGUCGUCGCAGCAUGGAACUGCCAGGAGCAUGGCCUCGGUCUCGAAUAGAAGAACUACCUCUCCUAGGCUCACAUGGAGCACAUUUAGUGACUCCUCAAGUGAAGAGAGCGACUGCACGUGCCUUGCCUUACACUUCAAAUGGUGCUGUGCUUCAAACUGACUUGCUCUUGAAAGGUGUCCCUCGCACCGUGCCUCAGUACAAACCUACUCCCACAGGUGGAAAUAGAACAUGUAUUUCUCAAACCCCAAAUGCAUUUCUUCCAGGAUCAAACAUUCCAGUUCACAGUGCGUGUAGUGUACAGUACACUUCUAUUCCACGUCACAGUGUUCCUCACCCAAGUGUGAGACAAACUGCUUCAGUGUGUGUGCCAUCCUACAGACAGCAAACUCCACCGCUCCCGUAUGGCAAUCCUUUGUAUGCAGGUGUGGUUAAAGAACCACUUCCACGGACAAGUCCACAUUAUUCUCGGAAUCUAGUUGUGAAUUCUGUGUACCCAAACAACAAGGAAAAUUUUCCACAAGCUUUAAGUCAUUCUUUGACAUACCAACAAUUUAUGCAAAGCAGUAGUCCAGCUACUGAACAUUCAGAUCGUGAUGGUUUGGGAAAAGGCACCCAUCUGGAUAUUCCUGUUCAGCAUGAUCAAGAAAAUGGACCUUGUAGACGCUUACAGGAUUUAAUGUUAAGAAGACAGUUGGACCUGCUCACCCCCAGCCUUGUCAUAUUCCUUGGGCACGAAGCACGAAAAGCUUCUCAUCGGAAGACCUGGCUGCCAGAGUUGGGUCUCCCCACCUCCAUUUCUCAACAGCUCACCAUAAUCCCUGCUAAUAAACCCUCCAGCAAUGACGGUGUUCAGGAAGAAGAAAGUUUGCGAACAGGCAGCAUCAAAGUUGUCCACUUUGGAGUGGUAUGACAAAUUGUCAUUUUUCUCAACCUCAUCCCAUACAUUAUCUCAUGUGAUGUACAAUACUAAUGUGAUAAAAUUGGUGAAGUAUGAUUUAUACUUCCUUGCCAACAAGAAGUUGGCAAAGUUAGCUCAAUUUAAUUAAAUUAAAAGUAUAAAUGAUUUUGAUAUCCGUCCUAUGUCAAUUAUUAUGCAGAGAAAAGUAUUCUAAGAAUACUUAACAAGAUCAUAUUUAAUCUUGUAAUGUAUAAUAUUUUUUAUUAAAAUUAUUAUUUGUGCC